CUUAUCCAUAAUGGCUUCUCACAAUGUUCCAUUAUAUUUUUUGUGUUUUGCCUUGCUCGCAAUCUCACAAUCCACAUUAGCACUUUCAGAAAACUAUAUCAUCCACAUGGACUCAUCAGCCAUGCCCAAGACCUUUUCUGAUAAGCACAGUUGGUAUCUGUCCACUCUUGCCACCAUCUCUGAAACCACCACCACCGACGAAAGCCCUUCUUCGUCUAAACACAUCUAUACUUACACUCAUGUUAUGAAUGGUUUUAGUGCAAGUCUCACACCUUCCCAACUUGAGGCAUUGAAAGGUACUCCUGGCUACAUUUUGGCAAUCAAGGAUUUACCUGUCAAAAAGGAUACAACUCAUACAAAUGAAUUCCUUGGCCUGAAUCCCAAAUUUGGGGCAUGGCCAGCUUCAAAAUAUGGUCGCGAUAUCAUUAUUGGGGUUGUGGACACUGGGGUUUGGCCCGAAAGUAAAAGCUAUAAUGAUGAAGGGAUGAGCGAAAUCCCAGUAAGAUGGAAAGGUACAUGUGAAAGUGAUCCCCAAUUCGACUCCUCAAUGUGCAACAAGAAGCUUAUUGGAGCUCAUUACUUCAACAAAGGCCUAAUUGCGCAGCUACCGAAAAAUGUGACCAUAUCUAUGAACUCUACACGUGACAGUGAGGGACAUGGUACCCACACCUCCUCCACCGCAGCAGGAAACUAUGUGAAGGACGCUUCAUAUUACAACUACGCACCGGGAACAGCUGUUGGUGUUGCUCCUCGUGCACAUGUGGCCAUGUACAAGGCUCUAUGGGAAUACGGAUCCUUUACAUCUGAUGUAAUUGCUGCAAUUGAUCAAGCAAUUAGUGACGGCGUAGAUGUGUUGUCCAUGUCAUUUGGACGUGAUGGGGUUCCAUUGUAUGAUGAUGCCAUAGCCUUGGCCACAUUUGCAGCAAUAGAAAAAGGUAUAUUUGUGUCUACCUCUGCAGGAAAUGAAGGACCUUAUAUCGCGACACUCCACAAUGGCAUACCUUGGGUUUUAACUGUUGCUGCUGGUACAAUUGAUCGUGAAUUCAGAGGAGUUUUGGGUCUUGGAAAUGGAUUGAAAGUGUUAGGCUCUGCUCUCCAUACAGGGGAUUAUAAAUCAACCCAAAAUCCUUUGGUAUUCAUGGAUGAAUGUAAGGACUCUAUUGAGUUGAACAAAACAGGGGACAAGUUCGUCGUGUGUGAAGACAAGAACGAGACUCUAUAUGACCAAAUCCAUAACGUAAGGAAAGCCAAUGUCACAGGAGGUAUUUUCCUAUCCAAUUCUACAGACGUGAAAUUCUUUAUCAAAACCUCAUUUCCUGCCAUAUUCAUGAGACUGGAAGACGGAGAAACAAUCAAAGACUACAUCAAGACAAACAAAGAACCAAAAGCGAGCUUGGAAUUUGGAAUUACAAAUCUUGGUACAAAACCACAACCAAGUGUUACUGACUAUAGCUCCAGAGGACCAUCCCAAAGCUGCCCGUUUGUGCUAAAGCCUGAUAUCAUGGCUCCUGGUGACAUGGUCUUGGCUGCAUGGCCCUCGAACAUUCCAGUAAGCAUUGGCAUGUCAAAACGUUAUUUCAAUAAUUUCAAUAUACUCUCAGGUACAUCAAUGGCAUGUCCUCACGCAGCAGGAGUUGGGGCGCUUUUGAAGUCAGUGCACCCGGAAUGGAGCCCCGCCGCCAUCCGGUCUGCCAUGAUGACCACUGCUGAUGUUACGGAUAAUACGCAGAGGCCAAUCGCCGACUCUGGUGACGAUUUCAAGACAGCAUCUCCGAUUGCCAUGGGAGCUGGUCAAGUCAAUCCAAAUAAAGCACUAGAUCCCGGACUCAUAUAUGAUGUGGGAGUGAAUGAUUAUGUAAAUCUUCUUUGCGGAAUGGGAUUCACAGCCAAGCAAAUCCGAGCCAUCACAAGGUCAUCUGCAACCAAUUGCUCUGCUCCAUCACUGGACCUUAACUACCCUUCAUUCAUUGCAUUUUUUAAUGUGAACGACACCAAAUCAGACACGACAAUUGUGCAAGAAUUUAAAAGAACAGUGACGAAUGUUGGUGAGGGAAUGUCUAUCUACAUUGCGAAGGUCCCGACCUUGGAUGGGCUUAAGGUCAGUGUCACACCAGACAAGUUGGUUUUUAAGGAGAAGUACGAGAAGCAGAGUUAUAAGUUGAGCAUUGAAGGUCCAAAGUUGAUGAAACAAGAGCAGGUUUUUGGCUUUCUUAGCUGGGAAGAAGUUGGAGGUAAACAUGUGGUGAAAAGUCCUGUAGUGGCCACAAACAUCGACUCCGAUAUUACUGGUUAGCACAAGAAUUUUGCUUAUUUUUAACUUAUUUCUAUGGCUAUUACUUACAAGUCAUUUGACAGUUCAACUAUAUCAAAUAAAGCCUAAUUUUUAAAUAA